AUGAAUUCGUAUGUUCCAGUGAGCGAUUCAGCAAGAGCAGUUCGGAGCAGUACGCGAUUGUGGGGCAAUCGGAAACAUCGUCCAGUGUUGACGGCACGCUCGGAUACAGCACUUAGUGAGAUGCGUAUUUGUAGUUUGACUGGUCUAUUGGAUGUGAUUUCGAAACAAGAAGUGAGUAGUGAUGGUUAUCGCGGAUAUACAAUCAGUGAAACCAUCGAACUCAGGGCUAAUGGUAGCAAGGCUGAGCCGGUUGAGGUUGGUAACGAUUCACACAACAUUUGUUAA